GUCUAGACGGAUGAGCGUACGAAGCAUUAUUUGAGCGGAUUGAUGUGCCCGCUCCGUUUGCCCGUCCGUCUGUGGAUGCCGAGCGGAACUUGGUUUCAUCUUCGUGUCGGACUCCUGCAUGAGAGCAGUCCAAAAUGCCGACAUGAAGCGAGUGUCGCAGUCGUUGACUAUGUCUUCCGGUACACCGUGGCCGCAAAUCCAGCUGGUGUGCAAGAGGCGUGCCAGCUCGGGAGCUGUGGAGUAGUACUUUCAAGGGAGAAAACGCUCGUACUUACUCAAACGGUCCACGACCGUGAGGAUGCCGUCGUGCCCGAGGCGAUCGCAGGGGAAUGGUCCAGUGACAUCCAUGGCAAUGAAGAGGCCGGGUUCCCGUGGGAUAGGCAUCAGGCGCAAGUCGCCGUAGGGGUUGCGAUUGCGGGGCUUGCUUCGUCGGCAAACUUCGCAAGAGUCGCAAUACCGAGUGACAUCGGUAAUGAGGUCGGGCCAUCGGACUCGUUGUCGAAGCCGUGCAAUAGUGCGGUUGACUCCGAAAUGGCCAGCGAGUCGCGAGUCAUGGUACUCCCUGAGAAGGUGAGUCCGAAGACGACGGUCUCGUGGGACACACAACUUGCCUCUCGAGUGGAGGAGCAAGUACCCGUCGGCAAUGCAAUAGUGGCUGGUCGGUGGGUGAUCCGAAGAUAGCUGCGCAUACAACGUGGCGAAGUCCGGAUCAGACUCAUAGCCCCGGAUGAAGUGUCGCUGGAGUUCCUCAUCAAAUGCAAAAGC